ACGUGGGGGGCGGGCGGAGGCGGUGGAAUGGGCUCCCCUCCCCCCACAUUUCCCUGGCAACCGCAGCCUCGGUCUGGGGCUCGGCCCUCCCCCGCCCCGCCUGGCUGCGGCUGCGAAGCGUCUGGAACCGCAUCUUCCUCCGCAUCCUGCCCCGCCGCGGCGCCUGCAGCAGCUGCGGAGCGCCCGGAGCCGCCGCACCUUCCUGCCCAGCGAGCGGACACCAUGGUGAAGCUGGGCUGCAGCUUCUCUGGGAAGCCGGGCAAAGAGCCCGGGGACCUGGACGGGGCUGCCGUGGACAGUGUCCCUCUCAUCAGCCCCCUGGAUGUCAGCCAGCUGCAGCCACCGUUCCCGGAGCAGGUGGUCAUCAAGACGCAGACGGAAUUCCAGCUGUCCUCUCCGGAUGGGGCCAAGAGCUUCCCCGACCUGGAGGCCCAGAAGCUGAGCGGCAGUGACUCAGAGGAGGGGCGCAGGCUGCCCACGGCCCGGAUGAUCGCCUUCACCAUGGCACUGCUGGGCUGUGUUCUGAUCAUGUACAAGGCCAUCUGGUACGACCAGUUCACCUGCCCCGACGGCUUCCUGCUCCGGCACCACAAGAUCUGCACCCCCGUGACCCUGGAGAUGUACUACACCGAGCUGGACCCCGAGAGGCACCGCAGCAUCCUGGCUGCCAUGGGCGCCCUCCCGAUGGGCCGCAAGCAUGGCGCUGACGGGCCGGCCUGGGGACGCAGCUCCCGAGCCGGCAAGGAGGGGCCCAAGGCGCCCACCCCCGCGCCUGCGCCCUCCGGGCCCCCCGGGAGACCCUCCACUGGGGAUACUGUGGGGAAGGCGGGGAGUGCGCCGCCCCCGAGCCCCCAGUGACGCCCGCGCCCCUCGCCCUCGGCUGCCCAGCGCACCGGACCCGCCUCUGUGCAGUGCCCCGCGCCCCCCACGCCCCCCCUGCAGCCCCGCUUCGCCACUUGUCUCUGAAUAAAGAUUCACACCCGC